AUGCCUCCUCGACGAGAUACACAAUCUCAAAGCAAUGAACAAGUCGCAGCCCUUGUCGCUCAGCAAAUGGCUGCAGUGCUUCCAAGCGUAGUAACCCAGAUUCAUCAGAUAUACAACAACAAUAACAACAACAACGCCCAGUGUAAUUUCAAGACCUUCAAUUCAGCCAAACCGCUUAAAUUUUCUGGGUCUGAAGGAGCAACCGCACUCUUACAAUGGUUCGAAAGUAUAGAAAGCACAUUCCGCCAUGUUCAGUGUCCCAAUGAGCGAAAGGUAGAUUUCGCUUCGAGUGUCUUUCAAAGGAGAGCACUCACUUGGUGGAAUGGUAUUAUGAGGGACCGAGGUGCCGAGGUAGCAAUGGAACUGACGUGGGAAGAAUUUAAGGAUCUUAUGAAGAAGGAAUUCUGCCCACGAAGCGAAAUAAGGUCACUUGAAAAUGGGUUCUAUUAUUUAAAACAUGAUAGUGGGGAAAAUCGUGCCUACACUGACCGAUUUGAACAGUUAAGCCUACUUUGCCCCACUAUGGUCACACCUUUGGAUCGAGCCAUUGAGAAAGACAUCGACGGUUUACCUGACUCUGUCCAAGACAUUGUCACUGGCAGCCAACCUGCAACGCUUAGGGAGGCUAAGGAAUUAGCUGCUAUCUUGACUGACUCUCAGGUUAGAAAAGGUAAGUUAUUUCGACAUGGAGACAAGAAACAAGACACCGAAUCUGUUAACGAGAAUUCGAGAAGACCAAAGGCCGAAUCUUCUAAAAGUUCUAGGAAGUGCAAGGCUUCAAAGAAUUUUGCAAUUCCUGCACCUGCUCCACUGAACUCAGUACCCUUUAAGGGAUUUUAUCAUGGGAAGCAACCUCGGUGCAAUCUUUGCAAUUAUCAUCAUGCGUCAAAUUCCCCUUGUGGCCAGUGUACAAUUUGUGGUUUAUUUGGACAUCUAGCUAUGACCUGUCGUAUCCAGAACCGAGCAGCCCCUACUCGGACAUGCCCAAGAGCAUGUUUCAAUUGUGGUGACUUAAAUCAUUUCAAGCGAAACUGCCCCAAGCUUGCCAAUGCUAAUGGACGAGUAUUCAACAUCAACGAGGCUCAAGCUAAUGAUCAAGCGCUUAUGAUCAUUUGA